GCGGCGCGCCGGCUGCGCGCACCCCGCACACGGCGCGCUGCCACCGAGGGAGGGAGGGAGCGAGCACCAUGUGCCGGCCAGCGCUCGCCCGGCUGCUGCUCCUCCAGCUGCUGCUGCUCAAGCUGCACCUCGGCAAAGGCGCCGUCAAGGAGUGCGAGGAGAACCAGUUCCAGUGUCGGAACGAGCGGUGCAUCCCCGCCAUCUGGAAAUGCGACGAGGACGACGACUGCUCGGAUAACAGUGACGAGGCGGAUUGCCCAAAGAAAACUUGUGCUGAAUCAGAUUUCACUUGUGACAAUGGGCACUGCAUCCCAGCCAGGUGGAAAUGUGAUGGGGAGGAAGAGUGUCCCGACGGGUCGGAUGAAUCAGAAGCAGCAUGCACCAAACAAGUGUGUCCUCCUGAAAAAAUUAGCUGUGGAGACUUAAGCAACAAAUGCAUCCCGCUGUCCUGGAGGUGUGAUGGGCAGAAGGACUGUGAAAGUGGAAUUGAUGAGGCUGGUUGCACUCCUGCUUGUUCUCCCAACGAGUUCCAGUGCAGUAACAAGUCGUGCAUCUCCAUCAUCUUUGUGUGCGACGGCGACAACGACUGCGGGGACGGCAGCGACGAAAGGAAGUGCUCCCCCCUGACCUGCAACCCCAACGAGUUCCAGUGCAACAACAGCGUGUGCAUCCCGGAGCUGUGGGUGUGUGACAACCAGCCCGACUGCGAGGACCAGUCCGACGAGUCCAUGGAGAAGUGCGGCUACGACGCCAAGGCCCUGAACACGUGCGCGGCACACGAGUUCCAGUGCGGCAACGGGGAGUGCAUCCACCUCAACUGGAAGUGUGACGGUGACGAGGACUGCAAGGACAAGUCUGAUGAGCAGGACUGCCCUCUGGUGACCUGCCGGCCAGAUGAAUUCCAGUGUGGUGACGGGACCUGCAUCCAUGGGGCAAAGCAGUGUGACAAGGUGCACGACUGUCCUGACAACAGCGACGAGGCCGGCUGUGUCCAAGAGUCAGCAUGUGAAAGUCCCAGCAAGUUUCAGUGUAAGAGUGGAGAGUGCAUUGACGGAGGCAAAGUGUGCGAUUCACAUAGAGACUGCAGGGACUGGUCUGACGAGCCUCUGAAAGAAUGUGGUGUCAAUGAAUGCUCGAUGAACAACGGUGGCUGCUCACACAUAUGCAAAGACUUGAGGAUUGGUUACGAGUGCGAAUGCCCGCCUGGAUACAAGCUUCUGGAUAAAAAAACGUGUGGAGACAUAGAUGAAUGUGAGAAUCCAGACGCUUGUAGCCAGAUCUGCAUUAAUUACAAGGGAGACUACAAAUGUGAGUGCUACGAAGGAUACGAGAUGGACACCCUGUCCAAGAACUGCAAAGCCGUAGGCAAGAGCCCAUACCUGAUCUUCACCAAUCGCCACGAGGUCCGUAAAAUAGACCUGGUGAAAAGGGACUAUUCCCGCAUCAUCCCCAUGCUGAAGAACGUGGUGGCGCUGGAUGUGGAGGUGUCAACAAACAGAAUAUACUGGUGUGACUUGUUCUACCGAAAAAUCUACAGCGCCUACAUCGACAAAGCGAGUGACACGGCCGAGCAGGUGAUCCUCAUCGACAGCCAGCUCAACUCCCCCGAGGGACUGGCCAUCGACUGGGUCCACAAGAACAUCUACUGGACUGACUCUGGAAACAAAACCAUCUCAGUAGCCACUGCAGAUGGAAGCAAGAGGAGGACACUUUUCAACAGUGACCUCAGCGAGCCCAGAGCCAUCGCUGUGGAUCCCACACAGAGGUUCAUGUACUGGUCUGAUUGGGGAGACAAAGCCAAGAUCGAGAAGGCCGGUCUGAACGGCGUGGGGCGGCGGGUGCUGGUCACCGACAACAUCGAGUGGCCAAACGGCAUCACCCUGGAUUUGCUGAAUCAGCGUCUCUACUGGGUAGAUUCCAAAUUGCAUUCACUGUCCUGCAUUGAUUUCAAUGGCAGCAACAGAAAAGUUCUGAUCUCCUCUGUGGAUGAUCUGAGCCAUCCUUUUGGCUUGGCAGUGUUUGAGGACAGAGUGUUCUGGACUGACCUGGAGAACGAGGCCAUCUUCAGUGCAAACAGGCUCAAUGGCUUGGACAUCUCCAUUCUGGCAGAGAAUCUCAAUAACCCUCAUGACAUCGUGGUGUUCCAUGAAUUAAAGCAGCCCAAAGCUCCAGAUUCCUGUGAGCUCAGCCCCCAGCCAAACGGAGGCUGUGACUAUUUGUGUCUUCCUGCACCUCAGAUCUCACCCCACUCCCCCAAGUACACCUGUGCCUGUCCUGACAAUAUGUGGCUGGGUCCUGACAUGAAAAAAUGCUUCAAAGAGCUUCCAACCACUGCAGCUCCUGUAGUGGUUUCCACAAGCACAGCGUCCCGUGCUGGCGGCACCACGACCAUCGCUGCUGUACCUGGCAGUGCCAAUGACACCACUGGAGUUGUCCCCAAAGCUGUACCAGAAGCUACAAUCACCACCCCAAGCCUUCAUUUACCUUCCACCACAUCCAUCCUGAUAGACUCUGAGAUGACCACUGGGAACAGCAAUUUGUCACAGCACUAUGCAAAUGACGAUGAAGGCUUCGGUUCAACUGUGACAGCAGCUGUGAUUGGAAUUGUCAUUCCUGUGGUGGUCAUUGGCUUGCUGUGCAUGGGGGGAUACCUCAUCUGGAGGAACUGGAAACGGAAGAACACCAAAAGCAUGAACUUUGACAAUCCAGUUUAUAGGAAGACAACAGAAGAGGAAGAUGAAGAUGAAAUCCACAUUGGGCGAACUGCCCAAAUCGGACACGUGUACCCAGCACGUGUAGCACUAAGCUUAGAAGAUGAUGGGUUGCCAUGAGGAUGAAGAUGCUGCUCCAAUCAUCUGAACACUGAACAAAUCUGCUUUGGAUCACAGAACCUGCUUCUUCUUUUUGGUCAUUAUUUAUGUUGCAGAAGGGUAACCACAAAGUUAUAAUGAACUGCAAACAUCCAAAGGAUGUGAGAGUUUUGUAUGUAUAAUCUUUUAUACACAUUUUAACUUGUUGCACUACCCAUUUGUGAUAGUGAAUAAGCAACAGCUGAGCUACUAACUCAAUGUACAUAACCAGCCAGGCUGAAGGUUCAGUAGCUAUUGCUUUAUUUUAAGACUAUAUUUAUAGAUAUUUUGUAAAUAUGUUGAAUAUGCUUUGUGGCUAUCCAUCAACAUAAGUAAAAUAAAUUCUGUACAGGCAGUUUAGAAAUAUUUAUUAACAAAAUCUGGAUUAUAAGAUCUGUUCUGUAAAUAUAGUAGAGGGGUGAGAGUAUUUAUUUUUUGUAUGUUUGGCUUGCUGUGCAUAGAUUAUCUGUGUAUAUAUCUAUCUGGAUGAGGUAGAUAUAUAGGCAUAUAAAUAUAUACAUAUAUAUAAAUAUAUAUACAUAUAUUUUAAAACUACUAGCCUACAUUUAUGAAAAUUAGGAAUAAUUGAAUUUUUACAGGAUGUUUGAGAAGUUUGCUUUGAAAUCUAAAGACUAUAUAAGAUAGAGCUGUAGUGUAAGUUAGCUGACCAGUGAAGCACUCCUAACAAACAUCUCCUGAUUUCCAUCCUGGUUCUUAAGGGCUGCUUGUACAUUUUCCAGUCUAUCCAUGAAGAAUCCAUGCAGUGCAUUAAACUGGAGAGCUGUUGCCUACAGCAUUUCAGUCAGGAGAAACUCCUACAGCACCCAGGGGUUUUGUGCUGUAUUGUGGCUUUUUUACAGCUUGGUACAAAUCUGAUUUGGUUUUUGUUCGUUUGUUUCUAAAUGUAAAUUUAAAUGCUUUUCCACACUGGGAAUCUUGCAUCUCUUAAAUCAGCUCAGAAUUAGCAGAAACAAAGAUUUAGCCAUAUAUUUCCACACUCCCAAGUGAGCACUCUCCCUGGUUCAUCAGGAAAAUAGCACAGGAACAAAAGUCACUUCCUCCCUCCUUCCCUUGUCCCCUGCUCAUAGUGAUAAAAGCCCCAGUUUUAGGAGCUGCUGUGGCACACACAGAACUCUUCCCAAGUC